AUGUCUUCAACUCAAGUAGAUACACCUCAAGCCGAUAAUUGCCCGUUAUGCGAUAAUAAACCCCGUUUCAUGCCUCUUUGGCUUCAAGAAAAUACUGAAACAUGGAUAAAAUGUGAUAUUUGUCUUGUUUGGUGUCAUGCGGCUUGUCUUAAACUUCCAACCGAAGAAUGUGAACGAAUUGAUGAAUAUCAUUGUCCAAAAUGUGCAAUAUCCCAUGGUCCAAGUACUUGUAAGCAAAAUUAUCAUAUAAAAAUUCGUAAAAAUAUAAUUAAUCUACGAAAAUCCCUACGUGAACAUUCUAGGAUUAAUUAUGCUGACUUGGAAAAUGGUUUAACUGGAAAUCCAUAUAAAUGGAAACGAGUUCUUGAUUCAAAAUCUUUUGUUAAUCAUAAAUUUCCAAAAAUACGAGGUGAUCAAUUAACAUUAGAUUGGAUUCGAACUUUCGGACUUGAUGAACCAAUCAUUAUAGAUAAUCCUGAAGGACUUGAAAUGAAAAUGCCUUCAAAAGAUAUAACUGUUAGUUACAUCGCUGCAACUGUUG